AUGUCACAUGCUGGCGACGAAGUGUUCUCAUAUGCUGAUGACAAACUCUCCAGCAUCUAUUCUACCGAGUCUCAAUAUCAGUGUUCUACACUCACUGACUCCCCGGUACAGGACCACUGCGCAUUGGAGGAGGAUCUGAUCGAUUGGUGGGGCAUCUAUGUCCCUUUAGAGUCAUGGAUUCCCCCCAAACCAGAGAGCAUUCUGACAUUUCAAGGAAUCAUCGGACUGAAAUCAUAUCCGGUGUAUAAAUGCAAGUUCACCAUAACCCCUAUUCGGCCCGAAUACGAGCUUUGUUUCAACGGUGACUUUGAUGAAGUCACAAGCAUGCUGUCCGACAUGUAUGUAACUGAAUUGCUCCGGACCCCAAACUUUUUAAGAGGCCAACAUUCCCGAACAAUUGAAGGUCCUGAUGAAUUAGGAGGUGCAACAUCGGAAGAAGAUUCAGCUAAAUCACAGACAUCACCAAACACCAUCAGUAUGGUGAUGGAAUCAACAAUUCUCCAAGAUCCUUAUGAUUGCGGAUGGGACGAUCCAACUGUCGAUGGAGCUGCUCCUGUUCAUGAGUUUUCCACACCCGAUCCAUACGAUUGCGGAUGGGAGGAUGGCACCACAGCUCCGGAAGAAGCUGCGAAGCCUGGAGAAGGAAAUGCAACAUCCGAAGGUUGGCACAACCUGGCUGCCAGGAAUAUGCUAACUUGUGUUGAUGAAAUAGAACAUACGCCAAAUUCACAGACAUCACCACAUCCCAUGGAUCCGGUUCUGGAUUCCACGACUCUCAUUGAUGAUCCCUACGAUUGCGGAUGGGAUGGUGCUAUUGCACCCUCAAAUCAGUUAUCGAUGCCCGAUCCUUAUGAUUGUGGAUGGGAGGACGAAACUGCAGCUCUGAAUGAAGUCAUAAUGCCGGGAGAAAGAUUAGAAAAUGCUGAACCGGAGGAAGGCGAGUACAAUCUUGGCAGCCAAUAUUUGCUUACUCAACUGCAAAGCAGACUGGGCUGCAUUGAACCUAUACCUGCAGAUAAUUUAUACGAGUCCAAAUGGGAUGAUCUGAUGGUGAACAGGGCGGUAUCGCCAAAUAAGUCUGCCGCUGCAGACCCUUAUGAUUGCGGAUGGGAGGAUACCAUGGAUACCGAAGCCUCACCAAUGAAUAUCUCAUCGGAAGAAAGAUUGAAUCCAAGCCAGGAUGAAGGUAUAAAUCAACCCUUCUGCCAGGAAGGCCGUGAUUCAACGGAUGAUACGGCUCAAUUGUCGCACUCUAUUGACAAGGUUAGUCAACUGAGACAGGCGGGAAAUCGUUCAUAUGAGUGCGGGUGGGAUGAUCCAGUUGUCCAGGAGAUGGCUCUCUCCAAGUCGUCGAUGGCCGAUCCUUACGACUGCGGAUGGGAGGAUGAUGCUGCAUUGCCAGAAAAAACCACAACACCAGGAGAUAGCACUGAUGAUACAUAUGGAUGCGGGUGGCAGGACUUUGCGAUGACCACAACUGCCAAGAUAUUUUAUAAUCCUUCCGAUGAACAUGGGGACUAUAGUACAAAUCAGCACAUAGUUCCCACUGAUUGGUCUAGAUCGGAUUCACUAAAUUCAUUCAAAGUGGAUGACAUUGAUAUAGAAAACAAACUUCCGGACAUUGAAAAGGACAGCACCGAGGAUCUUUACGAUUGCGGGUGGGAUGAUCCGAUGGAUAACAUAACAAUCAAGGAGCAACCGGAAGUGUCUGAGAUGAGAGAGGAAAUUGAUGUCAUUGACCUGACAUCGCCAGAGGGGAGAGAUGUUAUAGACCUUACAUCUUCACCUGCCACCUCAAGGCAGUCCUUUUCACCAGCCGAUCCCAAUGUGUUUGAGGAGGCCAAAGAGUCCAUGCAUUGA